UAAAGUAUAAUAUCACAUACUCAAGAUGACGAAUGCUGUAUCAGUAUCGGCCACAGAAAAUUCAUCAGCUGGACAAAUAAAGAAAGGCACUAUGACGCCCAUUGAGAUCUCUAUUGAGCGAUUGCCGAACCUCGCAUCGAACUGGUCAACAUUUCUAAGAGAUAUUACCAAAGAUCGAAAGCUGAGAGCCGAACGUAUAAGUCGCCAGUCGGAAGAUGUCAUCCAAUUUAUAAAUAGAUUUCCCCUUUUGGAAUCUUAAGACUGUAUUCCAAAA